UUCACAAAAAAGCUGACCAAAGAAUAGGUAAGUUGCUUCAGACUGAAACAACGGAUUUUGUAACCAACAAAAGCCAAAGAUUACAUCUUGAAGCAACCAAUCCCGAUACCAACAUCAUCAACAUUAGUACCACUGCCUAAAAGAGUAGUUAGACAAGGCUCACAGAGAGAGACAGAGAGAGAUUGGCUUUCAUGGAAGAAAUGGUGGUAGGAAAUCUUUUUAAUGGUGAGAGAGAUGCACAGAUUCAAGCGGCUAGAGAACUCAGUAAACUCAGUAGUAAGCAGAGGCACAAGUUGGCUGAAAGAGGUGUCAUGUCACCUUUAAUUGUGAUGCUUCACUCACAAGAUUAUGAGGCCAUUGAAGCUGCUCUGUUUGCUCUGCUCAGCCUUGCCUUUGGCAGUGAACGAAACAAGAUCCGCAUUGUGAAAUCUGGGGCUAUACCAGUUUUGCUGAACCUCCUUCAAUGCCAAAACGAAGCACUGAUUGAGCUCACUUUAGCAGCUAUGUUGAUCCUCUCUUCCUGCACAGCAAACAAGCUAAAAAUCGCGUCUUCUGGCACCAUACAACACUUGGUAGAGUUUCUCAAUGGAGAUUAUAGUGGUGAUAACAGCAUGAAUAGCAUUAGCAUGCAAGCCAAGCUUGACAGCAUAGCGACUCUCCACAAUCUCUCAACUUGUCAACAGAUUAUUCCAUCAAUUGCCUCUUCUGGUUUACUAUAUUCCUUGCUUCAGUUAAUCCACAACUCGGAAAAGUCAUCUGAAUUGGUUGAAAAGACAAUAGGGCUGCUUGAGAAUAUUGUUUCCUUCUCAGAGAAUGCACUUUGUGAAACUGCUAGCGCAGAUGGUGUAAUUCACGCAUUGGUUGAAACUAUUGAGGAUGGUUCCCCACAAUGCAAAGAGCAUGCAGUGGGAAUCCUCCUGCUUAUAUGUCAAAGCAGCAGAGAAAGAUAUAGAGGAUUGAUUUUAAGGGAAGGAGUGAUGCCAGGGCUACUUCAGUUGAGCGUAGAUGGGACAAGGAGGGCUAAAAAUGUGUCUAGAGAAUUGCUGUUGCUUCUAAGGGAUUGCUCAAGUUAUGGUUCAAGAAACAAACAAUCAAAACAUGAGCUUGUAGAGCAGAUUAUGCAAGAAAUUGAUGCAGGAGAUAACAUCGAGGGUACGACACUAAGGCUGGUAGAGGAGAUGAUUGCAAAGCUUAGUACAUGACCUGCCAUUGUUUUAAAUCAAAAAUUAUACUGGUCUGGGUCCAGGUGAUGGGCUCACUCCUUGCAACAUUUUGAGAAAGGUGUCUCUCUUUGUAUAUAGUACUGUUUUGGGAUUCUGUUGCUAAUUUGGGAGUCUGAUCUUUAUUGUGACGAUUAGAACUCUGAUAUUUAACAUAAAGAUAUUGACAAUCACAAACAGUAGUAGUUUGAUUUGACCAGCGUAUGAUACUGAGAAAUUUGUCCUAAUUUUGACAUUCUUACUUCUUAGGAUCCAAUCCACCCAAGUUCCUUAGUGUACCCUACUAUUCUCAACCAAUGCAGCAUUCAUUCUAUCA